AUGGAUUUGCGAACUAUUGAAGAGAAAUUGAAAGCAGGAUCAUAUACCUCCCUUUUUGCAGUCACAUCCGAUUUCGACUUGAUGGUCGACAACUCCGUCACCUUCAAUGGACCGGAGCAUGUAGUUAAUGAGGUGGAAACAAGCCCCGCUCAAAAGAAGGCCCAGAAAGUGGCGGCUGUGCCCACCAAAACCCAACCUGCUCGACGUGACUCAAGAGCCUCUGGGACUAAUGCGCGACCAACAAAUGCAACUUCUCCAACAACAACGUUUGCCCUUGGGCCGGAGGGCUUGCCUCUCAUCCGCCGAGAUUCCACCACAGCGGACGGUAGGCCGAAGCGUUCCAUCCACCCUCCAAAAAAUCGCGACUUAAUCUACAGCGCAAAGCCCAAGAAGAAGAAAUUCCAGUGGGAGCUGAAAUUCUGUCAAGAGGUUCUUGACGAGCUCCAUAAAAAGAAAUACGAAUCUAUCGCCAUUCCGUUCUACUAUCCCGUUGACCCCGUUGCCUUGAAUAUCCCCACAUACCAUAGUAUAAUCAAAAAGCCCAUGGAUUUGCAAACUGUCCAAACCAAGCUGCAAACCGGCCAGUAUGAGAAUGCAAAGGAGAUGGAGGCUGACGUUCGUCUAAUGUUCAAAAAUUGCUACAAGUUCAACAUCCCUGGAGAUCCGACCUACAACUCCGGAAAAAGCUUGGAGGAGGUCUUCGAUAACAAAUGGAGCCAGAAGCGUCGAUGGAUCGAAGCCCAUGAGCCGUCCUCUGGUCACCAAAGUGCUGGCACGUCAGACAACCCGAGCGAUUCAGAGGGUGAGGAAAGUGAGGACGAAAAUGAUCAAGAGAAACUACAUCAGCUUCAGAAACAAAUUGCGGAGAUGUCCAAGCAAGUCGAGGCAAUUACUCAAAAGAAGAAGAAGACGCCUCCCAGUAGCUCGAAGAAAGCAGGCAAAUCCAAAUCUGGCAAGAAGGAAACCAAGAAAGGUUCUGGGACAACGGUUGGCUCGUCUGGUAAGAAAGACAAGAAGAGUGGCUCGAAAUCGAGCAAGCCUGAAAAGCAGCAUUGGGUUACCUAUCGCGAGAAGCAAAUUAUUUCGCACGGUAUUAGCAGCUUACCUGAAAAGAGAAUGACCGAGGCGCUCAAGAUCAUCCAGUCGAAUGUCCCUGGAUUAAAGGAUACCAAGGAAGCAGAAAUCGAGCUUGAUAUUGAUGAACUGCCCAACGACGUUCUCCUUGUGUUGCUAAAAUUCGUGAAGAAACAUGCCCCUUCAGCUAUGGACAUUGAUGAACCCGAACCAGAACCUGUUGCGGUUGUGGCUCCGCCGAAGCCCAAGAAGAAUAAGCCUAUGAGCAAGUAUGAACAGGAAGCACGGAUCAAUAGUAUUGAGGGUACUAUAUCCCGCUUCCAAGGCGGUGGCGGCGGAGGUAGAGGAAGUUAUUCAUCACAGCCUAUACAAUCCGUCGAAGGUGCCGAGAGCAGCGAAGAUGAUGACUCUGAAGAAAGUGAAGAAGAGUAG